GCGUCUUUUUUUUAGAGGCGCCCGCAUUGGGACUGUAGUGCAGGCGUCGCGACGUCACUUCAGUAGACGCCCCGUAACAUCAACUACAACCUUCACAUUCACACACUAACCAACCAAAAAACGAACUAUUUUCGUUAAAAUGUAAUCCGUACACCGUUCAGUUUUGUAGUGAUUAAGUUUUUUUCCAAACUACAAGUUUUAAUCCGGUAUUAUUAAAAAGUUUCACCUCUUUAGUGAAAAUAAGUUAAAAUAUUGAUUGACGUCGCCAUUGAUAUAAAACUUUUCGUUAUUUUCCUUAACGUCUGCUACAUAAUAAGAAGUUAACAAGCAAAUAAGAAUACGCCCGCUUUUUUAAGCUUAAACUAUAGAAACGUGCUGUAUAACUCAAGAAGAUAAUAAUAAAAAUACAUAGAUAAUCAAAAAAAAUCAGAACAGCCACAAAAAUAUUCUAUUCUUCCUAUGCUCAAUUAUUAAACGUGGUUUUACGAUUUUUAGAAAACGUAUUUUUAAACUUGUUUACAACGUGAUAUGUUAAAUAGAUCAAAAAACGAUGAGUAAAGCCAUCAACGCUUACAGGAUCAAGAAAAUCGAAAGUUACGGAAAGAUGACCGCUAUGUCCCAAGAAGAAAUCGUGUCGGCCGUAAAAACGGUCGCCCAAGGUUUGGAGGCCCUUAGAUCGGAACACGCGGGAAUUUUACAUGGUUUACACGAAACACCUGAUCCGAUAGCUUUUGAAAGGGCUGGAAUGGUUCAACAAAGCGCCGAUAUGAUCGAAUUGGGUUUAGGCGAAGCCCAGGUAAUAAUGGCGCUCGCAUCCCAUUUGCAAAUGGUUGAGGCGGAAAAACAAAAAUUAAGGGCUCAAGUGCGUCGUUUGUGCCAAGAAAACGCCUGGUUAAGAGAUGAAUUAGCUUCGACUCAACAAAGAUUACAAGCUAGUGAACAAGUCGUCGCUCAAUUGGAAGAAGAAAAACGUCAUUUGGAGUUUAUGGCAUCUGUAAGCCGUUAUGAUCAAGAUUUGAACGAGGAGAAUUCCUCGGAGCAUCCUAGAACGGAGAAACCAGAUCCGGUUGUCGAUUUAUUCCCGGAUGAUGAAAACGAAGAAAGAAAUAAUAUGUCACCAACUCCACCAAGUCAUUUAGCCCAACAAGUAAAUGCCGGUUACGAAAUUCCUGCUCGUUUGAGAACAUUGCACAAUUUGGUGAUUCAAUACGCUUCGCAAGGUAGAUACGAAGUCGCGGUUCCGCUGUGUAAACAAGCGUUGGAAGAUCUCGAAAAAACUAGCGGCCAUGAUCAUCCAGACGUGGCAACGAUGUUAAAUAUUUUGGCUUUGGUAUAUCGCGACCAAAAUAAAUAUAAAGAAGCCGCAAAUUUAUUGAACGACGCUUUGGCGAUUCGUGAAAAAACUCUCGGCGAAAAUCAUCCUGCCGUUGCAGCCACGUUAAACAAUUUAGCUGUUUUGUAUGGAAAACGUGGUAAGUAUAAGGAAGCUGAGCCACUUUGCAAACGAGCUUUGGAGAUUCGACAGAAAGUUUUGGGAAAAGAACAUCCGGAUGUUGCGAAGCAAUUGAAUAAUCUUGCUUUGUUAUGUCAAAAUCAAGGUAAAUAUGAAGAAGUUGAAAGGUAUUACCAACGUGCGUUGGAAAUUUACGAACAAACAUUGGGUCCAGAUGAUCCAAAUGUCGCAAAAACGAAAAAUAACCUGGCUUCUUGUUAUUUAAAACAAGGAAAGUACACGGAAGCUGAAAAAUUGUACAAGCAAAUUCUGAAUAGGGCGCACGAACGAGAGUUUGGAACGAUCGAUGGCGACAACAAACCGAUUUGGCAAGUAGCCGAAGAGCGCGAAGAAAACAAAGCCAGGAAUAGGGAAAACGCUCCUUAUGGUGAAUAUGGUGGUUGGCACAAAGCUGCUAAAGUUGAUUCCCCAACGGUUACAACGACUUUAAAGAACUUGGGGGCACUUUACCGUCGACAGGGAAAAUACGAAGCUGCUGAUACGCUUGAAGAUUGUGCAUUACGCAGCCGAAAAGAGCAUGUGCAACAAGCUCUAGAUAUCGUAAAACAGUCAAAAAUGGCGGCACUGCUCGGCACAAACGAGCGGCGUAAACCGGGUUCAGCCUCAAAAGAUAAAAAUUCAAGGAGAGGAUCAAGGGAAAGUCUGGACAUGUCUUACGACGGCGAAGAGAACGAAACAAGAAAGGCCCAAGUCAGAGCACAUUAAAUACUCGAAAAUGUCUCCACAAUCUGGCCAAGUUUCCUUUCACAUUUAAUCUUAUUAAUAUUUAUUCCAUUAACGGUAUUAUUAUUGUACAUUAUAAUUACAACAUAAACUAAAGGUGUGUGGAUAUUUCAAGUUAUUUUUUAUCUUUUUUUUUUAGUUUUAAAAUAACUUUUGGCCGGUAUAGAACAAUUUUUUACUUCAACAUUUUUUUAUAUUGCAUUUUCUUAAGAUUUUCAUAUCAAGAAGAUACACAAAAAAACGAAAACAAACUAUUAAGAUAUACUAUCAACUGUAAACUUAAAAAUUCACAAGUUAUUACAAAAAAAAAACGUUCGCUACAAAGCUCGUUGUAUUUUCCAGCUUCUCAAAAAUAAAAUAAGAUGUGGUAAGCUUGUGAUGUACUGAUGAUAAUAAUAAUUAAAGUUAAUUUAGCUUCACCAUUUCACUUUUACAUUUUUUUAAUUAUUAUUUUAUUGUACUCAUAAGUAAUUUAUUUAUAAUCAUAGUAUUAGGAAAGGUCUAGGUUUUGUAGUUAUUUUGUAUUUUAUUGUUAAUAAUGUUAAUAUUAUUAAGGAAAGAAAAUGGGAUAUUUGUAGUGCUUCUUUUUUGCUAAUGUAUUAUUUAUGGAUAAUAAAACAAUAUAUAAGAAUAA